UUGCAAUUUGCAAAGAGUCAUACAUACAUGACCCCAUUUAAUCUUGUAACAGCCCCAUCAGGUCGACGGUCUUCUUCUGGAGAGAAAAAGCCAGAAGACAAGGAAUGGGCAGAGGCUCAAAUGCCUUUUUAUAGUCUAAGCUUGGGAGAGGAGGAGAAUGUGGAGGAGCUGACCCUGAAGCUCACCCCUGGGGACUCUGAAUCUCAUCCUGAGCCUGCUGACCAGGCCCUUCAGGAAAAGAAGAUGGUUCUAAUGAGCUUUCUGUGUUCUACUCUGGUAUCAAAUGUGAACACAAGUGAUGCAGCUUACUCUACCCAGGCUUUCCUCCUCAAAGUCUGUAGUGAACUUGCCCCCUUGGAGCCUGAAUUUAUACUCAAGGCAUCUCUGUACGCCAGGCAGCAGCUGAAUGUCCGGGAUGUGGCCAACAAAGUCUUGGCCAUUGCUGCCUUCUUGCCAGUCUGCCGUCCCUACCUGCGACGAUAUUUCUGUGCCAUUGUCCAGCUGCCUUCUGACUGGAUCCAGGUAGCCAGGUUCUACCAGCGCCUGACUGGAGAAGAGGAGGACAGGCUGGUGCCCCUGCCUGCCUGCCUGCGUGCUGCGAUGACGGACAGAUUUGCCCAGUUUGAUGAGUACCAGCUGGCUAAGUAUAACCCUCGGACGCACCGGGCCAAGAGGCGCCCCCACCGGCCACCCCGCCCUCCAAAGGAGCAUACAUUUUCUGAGACACAGAAAUACUUGCCAAAGUUCAUUCGGCCUCUUCAAGAUGAACAGAGGAUGUUUGAGGCAACCUGCAGUGCAGUGUCAGAGAAAAAGAAUGAGCCAAGUUUCACCCUGAAGAAGUUGGUACAGAGACUGCACAUCCAUGAGCCUGCACAGCUUGUCCAGGCCCUCCUGGGCUGCAGAUACCCCUCCAACCUACAGGCCUUUUCUCGAAGUCACCUCCCGGGGCCCUGGGAUUCUAGCAGAGCCGGGAAGCAGAUGAAGCUUGCUAAGCCAGAGACCAGGGAGCGAGAGCUGAGCUUGUGGGGGAGCAAAGCUUCCGUCUGGGAAGAACUCAUCGACAGUGGGAAGCUUCCCUUCAUGGCCAUGCUUCGGAAUCUGCGCAACCUGCUGCGGGUUGGAAUCACCACCUGCCACCACAAGCUUGUGCUCCAGAGACUCCAGCAUGCUAAGCCGUUGAUCAACAGUCGGCAGUUUCCAUUCAGAUUCCUUAAUGCUCAUGAUUCCAUCAUUGACUUUGAGGCUCAACUCGAAAAGAAAGAUAUUAUCUCUCUUCUUCCAACUCCUGUUUGUCUCUCAUGCCUGAGAAUAGAUGAGACAGCAGCACUGAGUUGCCACUUCCUUCCAACACAAAACUGAUAAAGCGGAUAAUAAUUAAAAACACAAAGAUAUGGCAAGAAGUAUGCCUAUUCCUGGCAAUUUUAUAAACCAAGUCAUCGGGAACUUUGGGCAGCAAUGAUGAUCCCUGUGAUGUAUGAGCAGCUCAAGCAGAAGAAGCUGAAAAUACACAA